AUCGCGAUGAAGUUUGUUCUAAUGGAGAGCGUCGCGAACUUCCGGUUACAUGACGACGCCGAUACAAAAAGAAGGAAAACAGGAAAAUACCAUUCUUGGCGAGAAUAGUUAAAACUAAACUCUAAUUUGAGCUACUUGUAUCGUUUAUGAUCGAGUGACAGUAAAUAUGCCGUACAUGUGUAGUUGGUUCUGUCGUACAGCGUAAAAUGCCGUAGAGGUCAUAGAUAUUUGGAGUUUAUUGUUCUUCCGCUGCUUAGCUAUUUAUGUCCAGCUCUCGACCGCUUAGCCAACAGAGCUAACGCAGCUAAUGUUAGCAUCGGAUGCCACCACUGUUUUAGUUCUUGAAUAAGCAAAGACGGGGAAAGAAAACAGCGUUGUUGAUCUGUUGAGUUUUCCGCUGGACGCUAGGCCAUUUUAGCUCCGUGACAUCAGUUUGAGAGGAUGGCUACGUCGGCGCUGUACGCCUGUACGAAGUGUAACCAGCGGUACCCCUUUGAGGAGCUGUCUCAAGGCCAGCAGCUGUGCAAGGAGUGCCGCAUUGCACAUCCAAUUGUCAAAUGCACAUACUGCAGAUCAGAGUUUCAACAAGAAAGCAAAACAAACACCAUUUGUAAGAAGUGUGCACAGAAUGUCAAACAGUUUGGGACGCCCAAACCCUGCCAGUACUGUAAUAUUAUUGCGGCCUUUAUUGGAACCAAGUGUCAGCGAUGUACAAACUCAGAGAAGAAAUAUGGACCUCCUCAAACCUGUGAGCAGUGCAAACAACAGUGUGCUUUUGAUCGUAAAGAGGAAGGCAGAAGAAAGGUGGAUGGUAAGCUGCUCUGCUGGCUGUGUACUCUGUCAUACCGACGUGUCCUGCAGAAGACAAAGGAGCAAAGGAAAGGUUUUGGCUCAUCAAAUUCUUCCUCCCUCAAUGAGAAAGACCACCACUCCAGAUCACAUCACCAUCAUCAUCAUCACCAUCACCAACACAGACACAGCAGCUCCCACCACAAACUGAGUGGGAGCUUGAGUCCUGAACAGGAGCAGGGACUGUGGAAGCAGAGCCAUAAAUCAUCUUCAAUCCAAAAAGAGACUCCAAAGAAGAAACCAAAGCUUGAGUUGAAGCCAUCUAAUGGAGACAGCAGUUCAAUCACUCAGUCCAUGGAUUCUGGUGGAACAGACAACUUCAUCCUCAUUAGCCAGCUCAAAGAGGAAGUGAUGUCACUGAAAAGACUUCUACAGCAAAGGGAUCAAACUAUUCUGGAAAAAGACAGAAAGCUGACUGAGCUCAAGGCAGAUUUUCAGUAUCAGGAGUCCAACAUGAGAGUCAAGAUGAACCAAAUGGAGAAAUCACAUAAAGAGGCAAUGGAACAACAACAGGCCAAAAACAGAGAGCUCAUGAAGCAGGUAGCGGCCCUUUCGAAAGGAAAGAAGUUUGACAGAACAGGAAGUUCACUUCUGCUGCCCUAACACCUGGUGAGCGGUGGUUAACAGAGAUUGCUUUAACAAUGGUAGUCCUUUGUUUCCACAUUGCUCCCACUUUUAUGUUUUCAUUUGGUAAAACCAUGUUGUACAUGGUUAAUCAAUUGCUGAAAAAAGAUCAAAUGUCAACUUAUUUUAGAUAUUGUAUGGUGAGUUUCCCACUGGAUUGCGGAAUGCGACUUUUGGAGGAGGGGAGGAUUGAGCCCUCAUUUUUAACACUGCCGGAUACCCGGGCCAAAAAUGCAUGAUGUGCAUAUGUGGAUGGUAUUCUGACGACUCCCAUGUAUCCACUUAAUUUUUAUGGAUGUCAAGCUGACUUAUUUAUUCAUGUAUUUCUUAGCUUUUUUUAUUUCCCAAUAAGAGAAUAUCCCACAUUUUGGGAAAUGGUCAUUUAGUUAUAUUUUUUUAAACAUGAUUGUGAAAGACAAGUUUUUAACUGAGGGUAUGUGCAAAUUAGGUUGCUCAGUGAGCUGCUGCUCUACUGUAGAAAACACUCAACACAAACCAAUGGACAUUUACAAUAGCUGUCAGAAAGAACAUCUCUGGCUGCCCCUUCUCACUGUGUGACAGCUGUAGUGCAUUGCUGUUUCUCUUUAGUGGAACGAUGGUCAUAUUGCAUGAUUUUACUUACUGCCAGAUACAGGUUGGCAUUGUGGUCAAGCCUUUUACUUGUUUCCCUUUUUUAUUUAGUUUUUUUUUCUAAAAAUGUAAGCAUAUUAAUGGGGUCAGCCAUUGUGUUAACCUAUUACUUGUAAUUGUUUUAGUGAUUUAUUGUGUAUGGUAUGGCCAGUUGAAAUUAACAUGUCUGUAGAUAAUGCCUUUUAAAGAAGCAAACCUUUCACCCUACAUAAUUGGGCUGGUUUCAUACUGUGGCGUCCAGGAUCACUUUUGUACUCUUUUCCAAAACUAUUGUUUUACAAACUAAUAAAAAACAAACUGGCUUAA